AUGGUGCUCGACCAAGUGCGCGUUUCUACGCGGCACACGCUUAACUGCGCCAAUGAGGCGACAGUCACCGCACUUGAGUCUACUUUUAGCCUAGGGCCGAUGGAUCACACCGUGCCUGCUAUGUUGACUAUUGAAGCUAUCCUUGUCUACAGAAAACCGAAAACAAUGCCAAAUGACAACUUCCUUCCAGUUGAACGGCUGAAGGUGGCUGCAUCCCACCUCCUCGACUAUUACCCACAUUUAACUGGCCGUCUACAGCAGAAUCCAGUCAGCCAAGCUCCAGAGAUUGGUAGGCUAGGUACUGGCGCUGAACUUUGGGAAGCACAGUGCCCUAGAAGACUUGCAAGCAUCGCACUGUCUGCCCUUUCCGUCCGUAUUUUGGUCUUCAACCUGCCAGAUUCUGGGAAUGCACUGCUUCCGAUUUUUCAUUCUACAAUGGGAUCUGUCUCACACAAUCCCAUCUUCGCAAUCCAGCACACCCGAUUUGGCUGUGGUGGGGUCGCACUAGGGAUUCGAGUUCACCAUCAGGUCUGCGAUGCCACUGGAUUCAUACAACUAAUCCGUGAUCUUGCUGAGAUCUACAAACAAUUGCGAGACUCUUCUCCACCAACACUCAUCUCUCCCCCUGAGAUUUACUCACACUUUCGAGGUAUGACCAGCCCAUCGGCCAGCCAGAAGGAGAAUGCCCCUGCGUUCAACCCUCCGAACUUUUGCCUAGAUCCAAACACCAUGGCCAUCCCAGAUGUUCCAACACCUCCCUCAGUCUACAUUUGUCCUCUCCGUUUCCACCGUCAAGAUCUUAUUGCACUCAAAAAUGCUGCAACCGACCCUGACGCCCAGGGACAGACCUCAUUCACUAGAUUCGAGCUCAUCUCGGCCUAUCUGUACCAACGCAUUUACCAAGCCAGAAUUCAGGUUCUGCGUGACAAGGGGAUCGCACCAGACCCCGACAAAUUACAGCCACUUCGCGACUUUUGGACAACCAUGGACAUGCGUGACUCAACCCGUCUCAAGCUUCCCGCACGCUACUUUCCAAACGCCGUCCACUGCCCCUCGACUUCCACCUCCCAUGAAUUACUCGAAAAGGGCGUGCUCUGGCAGGUUGCACAGGUUAUCCAUGAUGCAAUUCACUCGGUCGAUAUGGACGAAGUCAAACAGCAGUUCGAAUGGAUUGCUGCACAGCCCAAUAAAAGCCACAUCAGGUUCAAGAAUAUGGUUCCAAAUGGUUGCUUUGUCGCUACCCAGUGGAGUAGGGGCAAGACAUACGCUGGUGUUGACUUUGAUGUGGCCCCCAAUGGCAAGCGCAUUGCCCCUUCCCUGGUGUCACCGGCCUUUAGCGAUGGUUACCGGGUCGAUGGCUUGGCAAUCAUCAUGUCUACCGAGGAGGAGUUAACUCGACGCCAAGGUAGCAGACGUUCUUUGGCUUGUGCUGAUGUUCCAUGUGCUGUUGAUGUCAAUCUGAGUCUGGAUAGGUCGGUAUGGAAGGUUCUUAACAGUGACCUCGACUUCUUGGCUCUUCAUUCCUAA